GCGUCAUGUCCUUAUCUAUUAUGAGACAACACUCAUGUGAUAGAGAUUGCCUGAAUCAACACUGUGUACUGACGACUGUUCUGGUUCUGGACAGAUUUAAAAACUCUCCAUGCUGAAUGUACUAUGGAGCUAAAGGUUGUGUUAUAGUACAGUGAAGAGUUGAUAGAGAUAAACAGGUCUAGAUCAAGUCUAAAAGAUCAUUCAACCCAACAAAGGUCUCUAUUGUCGGGUAGAAAAUCGACCAUGGCAGGAAACUCUAGCGAGUAUGUGAUGCCUUCGUAUGCACAGAUGACCCUAAGAGUGAUCAGUGCCAGCCUGGACACGUCAGGAGUGUCGCGUUGUAACCCGUUCUGUGAGGUCGUAGUCGACGGUCAGAAGGGUAACAUCAAGACGGAUGUUCUAAAGAAAACCGCCACCCCAAAUUGGGACGAAGAGUUCACCUUACUGGUGACGUCAUCGAGCAAGGUGCAGCUGAUAGUGAACAGUCAGUCCUCCUUCUUCAGCACCAACUAUGGAGUGGCCAUCUUCAAUUUAGGGGAGCUCGUCGCACGUCACGGACCCAGCUUAAACAAUCUCCAACUGUCACUACCUCUAACAAAAGAGAAGUCCAACACGAAAGGUGGAGACAUUAUCUUUGAACUAAACGAUCUCAACUUUCACCAGUCAUCAGGAGAAACUGAGUCACAGACAGACACAGACAUAGCGGCUACUACCAACGGGAUUGACCUCCUCGACCUUGAUACGCCCGAUGAACACAGACGAAAUAGUAGCGAUCCUCUCGGUGCCACGGGAGGUCAAAACGGAACCUCGUCUAUUAAUAGUUUGUUGCCAGAUGUGAUGGUGACUGCUGCAGGUGCUUUGGGUGCAUCCUCGGCUCAACCGCGUACUCCCACGGCAAGUAAUGCCACACCCACACCCCAGGUGACCACACCUACUCCUGCUCCCCGGAUUGUCACGCCCACUCCGGCACCGAGGACGGUUGCACCCACACCACCAACAAGGCCUCCUCCGCCUGCUCCGUCCGCCACUCCCUCCAGACCAACCCCAGCCCCAGCCCCACGCUUCACCAACACUCCCACACAACCG